AUAAUACCUGUAACGCAGUUUUCAAUUAGUUUAAACUUUUAACUUGAGCCUAAAGACUUGAAUUAAUAUUAUGAGAAAUAAACGUUAUAAAAAAUGCUGAUAGGAAAUUCUUAAUGGAAAUUUUUCUAAUAAAUUGCAUCGACUUUUUUACGAUAGUUAUAGUCGUCUCUCUAUAAAGGUAAUUGACGUGAUUUUAUAACAUGAUUCAUGCAGAAAAAAACACGAAUAAAAUAAAACAUCUGCACGAAAUCCAUAAAUCAUAAACUCUUGGUUGUUUUGGAAAAAUGAUUUUUAAAAUCGCCCCAGCCCAGGUAUUGCCCUAUUGAAUAUUGUCACGUUAUCCGCUUGCAACUGGUCACAAAAUACCUAAAAAUACCGUCGCCAUAUUGGUAUUGUCAAAAACUUCGGGAUAUAUCGGUGCCGAUGAAAAAAUGGUUUCAAGUCUUUUAAUUACCGAGUUAUCUGUUUUCGAGUGAUCUAAAAGGACCAGCGGUGACUUUAGAUGUUACGUUCGUCGUAUGAGUUGUGUUAUUCGGUUCUUAAAUGAUGUUUUCCAUGGAGAAAUGUUUGGGCCGUAGUGGGAAUGGAACUGCUGAAGAGACUGAGCUUUUCGCCGGCGGUGGCGAAGGGUUAGGCAAGGAGGGUUCGCCCUCCGACGAGGUGGCUUCAGCCGUCGCCGCAGUGUCCGACGAGAUCGGAGACAUCUUAAAAGAUGAGCUGGGUGACGCGGAUCGGGCGGAUCGCAUCGGCGCUGAACUCGCGGACUUGAGCGCGGAACUUGGACUGUUGGCUGGUUUGGCUGAUGGCGAACAGCAGCAGGACUUCCCAUCACUCUUUGAAAUAGCGAUGGGUCACCGCGGCUCCGGUAGCGGGUCAUCGUCGUCAUCCUCAUGGUCUGGUGGCCGAGGAGGCCGCCCCCGCCGACACUCGCGGCCCCAGCGCGCUCCGAGGCGAAGGCCUAUCGCUAAGGGGAAAGAGCUGUACCCGCCGCUGUCCCGGCGGCUGGCGCGGCGCGCGGUGUGCAUGCGCGUGCGGCGCGUGGAGCUGCUGUCCGACGCGUCCGACGUGGGCGCCGACUCCGACAGCGACGACCAGUGGACCGAGCUCGACGACGCCACCGGCUCGUCGGACAGCUCGUCCAUGAAGGAGGCAGCAGCUGUCGAAGUGGACUGCAACGGGUACCAGCACAAGGCAGAUGCGGAGAUCCCGGCGAUGGGCCAGUUCCUGCUGCCGCUGCUGAGCGCGGAGGCGGCCGCGCCCGACCCCGACCACUUCCUCAUACGACACGAGGACAUACUGCAGUUGCUCGCGUCGGCGGAGGAGAGCGUCCGGGACGGCGGCAUGGCGCCCGCUGACGACGCCGCGCAGGACACACACGCGGACCUGUUAUCGGGUAGUGAGUUAUUGGACUACGACGAUGACGCCGCCGUCACAGCAGAGGAAGAGGCCGCGCUGUUACACUACGUAUGUGGGAUGGAAACAGAGCGGCUGUCGGAGUCUGGCGCGGCGGUGUUCAGCCCGAUGCAGGAGUGGCUCCUCGGGGUGUUCCACUCCUGGUGCGAGAUCUCCGCGCUCAUGUUCACACUCAUCGGGACCAACAUGAGCGUGGAGAUGGUGAGCGAGCCGUGGGUGUACCGCGCGUGUUUCUCGUGCCACUGCCGCGUGUGCCUCGGCCUGGCCCACAACGCGCCCGCGCUGCUCGCCUUCCUCAGGGACGUCGUCUGGGCGCUAGCGCACUGCGGCAGCACAGUGGGCGCGGCGGCCCGCGUGGUCCGCGCGCUGCGGCCGCGCGGCACGGACGACGCGGCCGCCUGGGACCUGCCGCUGCUGCGCCGCGCGCUACAGCUGCCCGACGGUGCCGCCAUAAUCCACGAGCAACUAUGCAAGCUCGCGGAACAGAGCGAGACGACGCGAGAGAUCGUUCACACGCUCUGUCUCUGUCGACAGUACGACAAGCCUAUGGAGAAAGAGUACGCGGUGGACAGAUUUAUCAAGAUAUUAGAAUACUUCAAGGCAGCUUCCACAAUCACUUUCAAGGUGGAGCUGAUCCCGGCGGCGGCGGGCCCGUGCGGCCGCGGCUGGGCGUGCGGCGCCCGCGCGCGCCUGGAGCACUACCUGCGCCCGCACCAGCGCGCCGCCACCGCCGCGCGCCUGGCCGACAUGGCCGCCCGCGCCACGCCGCGCGACCUGGAAGCAUGGUCGUCAUAUAAACACCACUGCGACUGCCUCACGCCGAAGUCGCUGUGCGGACAGCAGAGGAAACAAUUGCUAAGCGGGCGAUGGGAAAGACCAAUGUACAACAGUGAACAUCUCCGGGCUGCUAUAAUCUCAUUCUUCGGUAUGCUGCAUGGUGUUAACGAUUUCGACGGUGACACGCCUGACGCUAACGCCGAAAGCGAUAAGCCUCAUAAUAAGAUGGAUCAAGAGACUGUCGGCAGAGAAUUGCAGCAGGGAGACGGGACGGGCGCUAAGCCACCGGACGCCGUGGAGGGUACUGACAGUGGGGACAGUGUCGGGAGCGCGGACAGCGCCGCCAGCGGAGAGAGCGGAGAGAGUGGUUCGGGAGCGGAGGGUCAGCCUGCGCCGGCUGUUGACAACAACGACAACAGCGACUCGAACCCCACCUGUGACCUCGACGACCUAUCGGAGUCGGAGCUGGCGUCGGGCUCCGGGUCGCUGGGGCUGUCGUCGUCGUCGCUGGACUCGGCGUCGGAGCUGCUGCUGGCGGCGGCGGCGGCCGUGGAGUCGGGCGGGUCCGAGGCCGAGGCGGCGCCGGCGCAGCUGUGCCGCACCGUGCGCCAGCUCAUGCGCUCCAUCGCCUCCAUCGAGCGCCUCAUGGACCGCGUGCUGCGCCACUGCGGCGACUGGCCCGCGCCCGCCCCCACCGCCGCCACCGCCGCCUCCGCCGCGCAGCCCGACCACGAUGCCAGGAAACGCGUGGACAUGGGCCUGUCCGAAGUGGAUCGCAAGCUGAUGGCCAUGUAUCGUCGUCUACCUGAAGUCCAUCGCAGGCAGCUGCAAGUGUACAGGAAACAGAAGAAACUGUCCACGGUGUGCAUGCAGCUGGUGGGCGGGCGGGCCCCGGCGCCCCCGCCGCCCGGGUCCCCGCCGCCCGGGGCCCCGCGCCAGCCCUGCCGCGCGCUCUGCCCCGAGUACCAUCUGCAGCGGUUCAAGGAGGUUCGACGCAAGGUGAUGCACAUGCGCGACCAGCAGCUGUACUACCACCGCCUCAGGAUGUGGCUCGAGGACCAGCUGCGCCAGGAGAGGGAGAGCUUACCAGAAAGCAACGUAACGUUAAUCGAAGACCUCCCCCGUCGCAAACGGCGGACCUCAAGCCCGAAAGUCCCCCGCCUAACCACUGCGCCCAAACGGAAACUCAAACCCGUGUCCCCCUCAAUAAGCAAGCCACACAAGAUACUACAAAUGUUGAAACAUAAAGCGCCCGCACAAACAACGCAACUACUGACUGAUGAUCUAAAGAAUGACGAGGAUGUAGCCAAGAGUGAGGCAGAACCGCCUGAAGCGUUCCCGCUAGAGCGAGAGGACAAUAUAAGCGAUACCGACACCAUAGUGGGAGAGAAAGAGACAGACAUGUGCAAGGAAAUGAAGGAGUGCCUCGCGAAGUUCAGUAACUUUGCUCUAAACAAUGAUGAAGAAACGAAGUACCCAGAAUCAGUCAGUCCGCCGUUACAAGAAAUGUCGCCGACCAUACCUGAACCCAUGCCCGUCUACACUUCCAAACCCAAUCAACGAUUAAUAUCUGUGACCAAGUUCCUCAAGGACGACAGAGACUUGAUAUCAACACAAAUAACCCCAAUUAAUAUCCCGAUCAACGCACGUCGAACCCCGUUACUCGUCAAAGACGAAAAGGAAACAGUCACAGAACCACUAGAGAACGAUAAAGAUCCAAAUAUAUACAAAUACGUCUCCUUCGGACUCGAAAUUAAAAAAGCUAUGGAGGAGUGUCAGAAUAUUAUAAAUUCAUACAACAGUAUAAAGGACGGAACUAAAGAAGACGACGGGCAACUAUCCCUAGAGCAAAUAUGCGAAGUAAUGAUGACUUUAGACAAGAAUUCAGCCGAAUUUCUAGACAAAAUUGACACCGAGGACCCGAUAGACGUUAGUACAGCCAACACGAAACUAGCAGAACUAGUAGAAAACAUGCCGCAAAUACUCGCCAAUAUGCCAGAAAUCGCGUCGAAACUAUCCGAAUUCGCGAACGCGUCAUUCGAACUGCCAGAGUUCGCGUCAAUCAUGAGCAGUCUGCCUGACGUGAAUAGUGAUGCCCAAUUGACGCCGGAGACAUUGAAACAGAUUCGUGAAUUGAAGCUUAGCAAGUCUAGAGAUAGUGUGAAAGUGACUAAGAACACAACGAAACGGAAAACGCAACGUAGGAUAAGGAAUAAUGUGGAUAACGAUAUCAUAGGGACGAUGACGUUCGAGUUAGAUAAUAAGGAUAUAUUGGAACUGCUCAAGGAUGAAAAGGAUUUACAGGUCUUAAUGAAAAACAAAAAUAAAGAAGACUUCAAGGAUCUUCUCUUCUCGAUCUCAGCCCAAGUUGUGAUCAGCAAAGUCUUCGAAUAUCUAAAGCAGAACAAGAGUCCUGUCCUCGCGAAAUGCCUAGAAGAAGACAAGGACCUCUUCAACCUGCCCAAGAACAGCAUGAACGAAAUGUACUCCAAAGCUUCUACCCUAUUCGAGAAUUCAGUUAAGGACGCUCUCAGCAUGGAGGAACUGAGGGACUUAGUCAAAUCUAGGUUCAACUCAUGGAAACAUUACGUGGCGACCAAGUUCAAAAGUAUACCGGUCGAGUUACUAGAGAAUGAAAUAGAAGCCAUGCUUGAUAAAUUCUAUAGUUACAUACAAGACCUCGCUGGGAAGAACUUCGUACCCGACUGGGAUCGAAUGGCCUCGACCUUGGAGGAACUGAAGAAACAGCACGAGAACUCCAAGGACUCUGACUCGGACUCCAGGGAGUCCGUCAGACAGAUCCUGCUGACCACCUCCGUUGGAAACACCCUAGAUAUACUCAUAAUGAAGUUCCCAAAAUUAACGCAAGACAAAAAACAAAUGGUCAAAGGGUUGAAGUUCAAGUAUAUGAAUGUUCUACGCCGCUGUUGUGAGUCACAACCGCUAGUUAACUGGGUCUUAACCGACCCAGAACUAGCAGUUAACGUCAUUCAAGAACUAAUGGAUUUCCAAGUUAAGAGACCGGAGAAUGUUCCAGAGUUCUCUGGAAUGUCCAAUGAGAAGAAACGGGAUUAUUUCAUUGACAGACUCAGGGAUGUUAACAAGCAAUACAUGGAGACGUUACCUAAGAAAAACUUGUCCGGAGACGAGUGGCUAGUUAUGUUAUACAAGUUAGAGCAAUACGAGGAGAAAUUAAAAGAAGCGUUCAAUAAAGCGACGCCUCCACCCCCUCCCCCGACUAAUAGUAAGGUACAAAACGCGAGCGAAGCGGAAAUCUUAGCUGCUAAAGGCCUAAGCAAAAUUAUAGGAAAAGCGAGCAUACGUGUAGUCAAAAAAACGGAGAGUCCGCCCAAAAAACCUGAACCACCUAAGGAAAAGAAGGAAGAAGAGAAGAAAUGUAAAAAUGACGCGUUAUUAGCAAAAUGUGAAGCUAUAUUAACAUCCAAAGGAGAAAAAUCUCUAUUAGACAGUUUCUAUACAAUCAAAUCUUAUAUAACUCAAGGCUUACCAGUACCUGAGACAUAUAAAAAACACGUCAUAUCCAUCUGUUCGUCAAUCGACGCGAAACUACUAGACGAAGAUAUAGAAGAAUUGAAAUCUGAGACUGAAAAUCCAGACGAACCAAAAAGUCCAGUUAGUCAAAAUCACGAAGACCUAGCCAAAUAUUCAGCCCAAGCACUUCGCAACGCGAAGCAAACCCUAAACGCGGUAGCAUUUAAGAAUAUAAGUAGAAACGGGCAGAGCAAGAGCGAAAGUGAUGUGUGUGAUACUCCGAAAACUGAUUGUAAAUGGACCAACGACUGCGUCUGUCAAUCUUGUAAGGAGAAUGACAGUUCUGCUUGUAUCAGUGACAUGUCGAAGUGUUUCGAUGAUAAGAAGACGGCGGAGAAGAAGAAGUUGGAGAAGAAGCCGGUGGUGAAGCCGAAGCCUGUGGCGAAGGCGUGUGAGAAUAGUAAUCAUCAGCAACAUGUCUGUAAAGUGGGUCACGGCGGCGCGGGCUGCGCGGGCGAGGGCGCCGACCAGCCCUGCACCUGCUGCUACUGCACUGUGUUCGGACACGCCCCACCAUUGACGACGCCUGUGCCGCGGAAUUUCAACGAGACGAGAGAGCGACUCCGCUCUAUAUUAAAUAAGAAGAAGCAACAGUGUAAGAAUGGCUCCCCGCCGGCCCCUGGCGCGGCCCCGGGCGCGGCCCCGGCGGCCCCGGCGGGCCCCACGCCGCCGCCCGAGGCCCCGCGCCCCGUCAAGCCGGCCCCGCAGCCCGCGCCCAAGCCGCCCGCCUUACCAAAGACACAGCCUCCGAACCUAACGCCAGCUCAAGUGCAACAGAAACGACAGUCGAUCGACUCGCAACAGCGUCAGCUAGCGGACAAAAUGGCGAGGAUGGCCGUGUCCGAGAAGCCGCCUGUAGAAAACAAACCCAAGGCAUUACAGCGCACGGUUCCCGUGCAGGUCAGCCUGCCUCCCGGACUGAAGGCUGAAGGCAAGGUCAAUCCCAACGCCAUGGAGCAGAUUAGGUUACAGCAAUUGAAACAGCAACAACAGCAACAGCUACAGCAACAGAAGAAGCCGGAGCCUAUAUACGACCUGCCGAUACACAACAAGCCGACGCUCACGCCGCAGCAGCAACAGCAGAUACGACAGCAACAGCAGCAGCAAAUACUACAACAGAAGCUUCAACAACAACAACAACAGCAACAGCAACAAGCGCAAGCUCAUCAACAACAGCAAGCUCAAGCGCAAGCACAAGCACAAGCACAACAGCAGCAACAAGCACAGGCCCAGCAAGCCCAUGCUCAACAACAAGCACUGGCCCAGCAACAAGCUCAUGCCCAACAACAGGCUAUAGCGCAACAGCAGGCCCAUGCCCAACAGCAAGCGCAACUACAGGCUCAGCAACAAGCGCAAAUACAAGCUCAACAGCAAGCCCAGCAACAAGCCCAGCAGUUAGCCCAGCAGCAGGCCCAGCAGAGACAGAGCAGGCCGCAGCAGCAGAGGAGUACGGUGUCUCUCUCGAGUAGGGACACGAGCGUUUUCUCUACGUCGUCGGGAUGUUCGGGUGGGUCAUGCUGGCGCGGCUCCAGACCGGAAGACACUCGGGACCUGGACGCUCUGCUGCAGUACAUUGAGGGACCGUCGCGACACGUCGACCGCGGCAAGAAGAGAGCCAAGAAGCAACGCCAGAAGGCUAAGAAGAUGGAGCAGCGCCUGAUCUCGGAGCGCAACGCCCUCGUGGUGGAGCUGGAGCGCGCGCGGCGCGAGGUGGCCGCGCUGCACGUCGCGCACGCCGCCGCCAAGCGACGCCUCGACCACACGCGCCAGCUCGUCAGCGCGACCAACAAGCCCAGGAAGAAGGGUAAAAAACAGAAAUUGAAUCCCGCGCAGCAAGCUAAGAUGCAACACGUAGCUGACCAGCUCGCUGAACUGACGACCCUCAUGAACACCACUUCCAAGGAGAUGCAGGCCGCUGAGAAGCAGGUCCUGGACUGGGCGCGGCGGCUGCAGCAGUGCGACCGCCACCUCGCCGAGUCGCGGACGCUGCAGGGCAAGCCCGAGAAGCCGCUCAUACAGACACAGAUGGAACAAGCAUCAAUACUAUCCAAACAGAUCGAACAGCAACAACAGCAACGGAAGCUGCAACAGCAGCAGCAAGAACAACAACAGCUUCAACAACAACAACAACAACAACAGCAACUUCAACAACAGCAACAACAACAACAACAGCAGCAGCAGCAACAACAGCAACAGCAACAGCAGCUGUUACAUCAACAACAACUACAGAAGCAGCACCUGGAGUUGCAGCAGAGGCAUCUGAAAUUGCUGGAAUUGGAGAAGCAGAGGAUUGAGAAACAGAGGCAACAAACUGCUUAUAUAAACGCGCACGGCGGCGGCGUGGUGUGCGUGGGGCGCGGCGGCUCGUGCGGCGGCUCGCUCACCACGCACGCGGCCGGCCUGCGCGCGCCGCUGCAGCACUGCCGCGACCCGCACUCGCUCAUAGCCGCCAACGCGCUCAGGCGGCGGGACGAAGCAGCAGCGCAGGCGGCCGCCAAGCCCCCCGAGGACCCGAAGAGCGACGGUCGCAAGCAAACGUGGGAGCAAGCACUGGCCCAUAUCAACCAGCUCGCCAAGGGGAACAAGGAUAAGAAAAAGCAGAAGGACAAAGAACAGAAGAAGCAAGAAGACAAGGCCUCCAAAGAGCAGCAACAGCAGCAGCAGCAGCGAUCCAACUCUCUGCCGGAGACACAACAGCUGUCCAAGAAGCAGAGGAAACUGCUCGCUAAGCAACAGGCUGAAGAAGAAGAGAAGAAGAAACAACAGCAGCAACAACAACAGGAGACCAAGAAGAAGGCUGAAACAAAGAAACCAGAAGUCAAGACUGAACCCAAGAAGGCCGAGAAGAAACCAGAGCCCGCCAAGAAGGUGGAGCCCGCUAAGAAGGAGGACAAGAAAGAGAAGGCAGCUGAAAAGAAGGAGAAGAAGAAAGAGAACAAGCAGGAGAAGACGCCACCACCACAACCGAAAGCGAAGCAACCGCCGCAACAGCCACAACCACAAGCUAACAGCAAGAAGGAGAAUAAGAAACAACAGCAACAACAACAGCAGCAACAACAGCAACAGAAGCCGCAAGUUGUUAACAUCACUUCAGAUACUACCAUACAAGUUGUUAAUAAAAAGACCCCUUGCAAUGCUGAACCCGAGAAGCCGGCCUCGUGCAGCAUCAUGGAACAGCUUAGCUGUGGGGUACAGGUGGCUGACCUCAAGCUGCCUCCUGGUAUCACUCUGACGCGCGUCCAACCGAACGAGAGGAAGGAACCUCCUCCCAUCAAGUCUGUGCCGCUGUGGAAGUGCGGUCAGCUGGCGGCGCCGCCGACGCCGGCCCCGCGCGGGCCCGCGCUCAUCACGGCCGAGCCCGCCACGCACAGCUACUACAGCCCCGCGCCGCCGCCCGCGCAUGAACCGCCAAAACCAGUAGUAAUACCCGAACCGACGCCAGCCCCAGUCGGCAAAUCAAAGAAAGCCAAAAAGAAGGCAAAGAAAGCCGCCGCCGCCGCCGAGGCCGACACCAAACCCGACGGAAGCAAGAUUGUGACCCUGCGGAACCCAAUGUUCCAUCCCAACCUCCCACCAGUGCAAAUAACUAACCAAACAGCGCAGAAGAAGCAGGAACAGAUUCGAAUCCCGGACCCCAUACCCAUGCCGCCCAACGCCUGCCAAGCGACCAUCACACCCACUUCAAAUGGAAUGUACACCAUACGAAACCCGUUAAUGACCAUGAUGCAUCAGCAGAGCUUAAUGGGAGUGAGGAACCCAACCCCACCAACCAACCCCAUGUACGGACAGUACAACUACGUCAACCCGAUCACGUACAACCCAACCCCAAACCCGAAUACCAACCCAACACAGUACCCUGAAAGCAAACCGGACGACUUCCAAACUCGCAUUAUGAAUCUUGCAUCGUUCACACAGAAAAACGACGAAGGCUACUCCCUGUUCAAGACCAACGAUGACAACCACCAGCGCAGCUUCCUAACACCAGAAUAUUACGAGGAACAAACACCGAAAUCCGUCGUCUCGCCCAAUCCUAUCGGCACUCGACCGGACUCGACUAGAUACGAUAACGACACAUCACUAUUCGCCAACUCGACUAUACAGCGACCGGAGCCUAUAGGCACACCACUAAAACGCGAAGAAAAUCAUGACUACGCAGGGCUGUAUACACCCUUUGGGCAAGAAGAUAGGAAUGUAUUCAGAAAUGCUCUGUUCAGUGAUCGUAAUGAGAUGAAAGAUGAUUUAGGGGUUAAUCACUUGGCUAAUGGGGACUCGCUUCCGUACUUCCAGAGGCUAAGGGUUGGGUCCAAGUUGAAUAGUGAGGUCACAAUACAUCACGUUACCGAAUCCAAGUUUUAUAAGACGCAGGACCCCUGUGAGGUAGGCCCGGGCGGGCGGCCAGCGUGGCCGUCACAACUGUACGAGCCACCACCAGACGCCGGCCCGGUGUCCCCGACGGGGUCGUGCGGCAAGUGCGGCGCGUCCGACACGCGCUUCGGGCCCGUGGGCGCGCGAGCCAAGCAAGCGCAACACGACACCGAAUCCAGCGUGUUCCUCCCGGACUCGAGCAUAACCAACCUCUCGUCUCUGGAGGUUUCAGAGAGAGAGAUAGAAUCAUUCAAACGUUUCGACUUCUAUUUCGAACCGCCGCAACAUAAGCCGAAAGUCAGACUUGACGUCAGGGACAUAGCCGCGGCUUUGAGGCAGAAUCAUAAGUAAAAUGUUCAUGAAAAGACUUAAUGAUAAGGUAUUUGAUUAAAUAUAAUAUUACAAAUCUGUUUUGUCCGUCAGAUAGAUUUAUAAAUAAUAUUUAAUUUGUAUUUUUCAAUUUAUCACGUCAUUAAAAUGAUGUGAGAUUUUAAUUCACUGGGGAUACAGAGAUUUAAAAUCUCGUGUGAUGUUGUUCAUUUUUUGUUUACGAGAAAAAAAAUACGUAUCCAAUAUUGUUCAAAAAUCUGUCUGACGGAUUAAACAUUUAUUUUAUUGUCAAAUAUCCUAUUAUUGAUUUCAUAACACAUUUAUUCACGAGUAUUUAUCGAGUACCCUUCACUAGUCAGCCCAUGUGAAUGUGAAACUAGUCGGGGAUCACGAUACAUACGCGUGGGUAAACUGUUGUUAAAUCAAUAAUUAUAUCAUGAGUAAA